AUGAGUCGUAGACCUAAUCCUCCCGGUUGGACACCUCCAAAGGCACCAUAUAAUCCGUAUGAUCCCGACGAUGCUCGUCCAGCGGCCGGGUAUCCAUCUGAGUUUAAGAUUCCAGGUAACCUGCCAUCGGGAUUUUCUUCAUUACCUAGAAAUCCUACGCAGUACAAGAAGGUGAAUGAAACAAUGAAAAGACUUAACUAUACCCCUCGACCAGCUUCGCAGUUGUACCCAGGGCAGUAUAAAGUGCUUCGUAAGGUUAAUACAAGCCAGAAAGUUCAAGUCGGGUCUCGAUGGUUUGCCUCAUUGCUUGGAGGAUCCAUCAUCGUAUACUUUAGUUUUUUCUACCGUUGGAACGAUGGUAAGGAAAAUGUAUUUAGUGAUUUCUACAGGGCAAGACUUCAAUUGAAAGAGAGGAUAUUUGGUGGCCUUUCUCAACAGGAAUACGACGACUUGUAUCAUCCGCAGCAAAAUAAAGUAAUCAUCAAAAAGGUCAGAGAUGCAGAGUACAUCCCAGACGAUAUGAGGCGAAAUGUGGAGAGUGACCUCGCGAUGAAUAAGCCAUCCGAUAGGCACUUUUUGGAAGCGGAAAGGAUCAGACAGGACCAAGAAGAGGUGAUGUUGAGAGAAUUGAAUGAACAUAGAAAGUACGCAAUGGAAAUGUUGGGAACUGAAGACCAACCUCAGAAGAGUAAAAAGAAAUGGUGGUUAUUCUAA